GCUUUUUUUUUUUUUUUGCGUUUCCAUUAGGAAAGUUUUAUAAAUUAGGCAUACAAGAGUCGGACAGUAAAGAGCUCGAGUUUGGAAUACAUUAUUCAAGAUAAAUAAUCGAGCAGUACACGUAUCCCUCCGCUUGUCUGUUUCCUACUCCUUGUCACAUGUUUGACGCAGACGAGUAGCAAAAGAAGAACUUCAUUACAACAUGUUUAUUUGAUCUCGAAUCGUCUCGUGCGGAAUGACGCAUCAACAGUUCAUAUACACAAGAGAUUACAGAGUUUUAUUCCUCAGAUUGUGACUGGAACUACUUACUACCCCUUGUCUUUAAAACAUGCAGUCUGCAAAGCGGGAUUACAUGUUUUUUGUUGGCACGAUUACUGCCUGUGUGUUUCUCAGUAAUUAUUCGUUUGCUGUUGUUCUUGAGAUACUACUAUGUGACCUCUCUGCAGAAUGCCCAGCUGAUGGCCGGACAUGGGUUCCACUUGGAAAUAACUGUUACUGUUUUUUCCACCUUCCAAAAAGCUCCACAAUUGAGGAUGUAAGAGAAGCCUGCAGAGUAAAUGUUCCCAGUGCAGAUGUUGUGAGCAUAAACAGUGAAGCUGAAAACAGCUUUGUAACAGAUUACAGUCAUCGCAUUUGGAAUGGCACCAAAGAUGUAUGGCUGGGCAUGUCUUUCAAUGUAGACACUGAUUCUCUAACGUGGUUUGAUGGUUUGGAUGUGGUCUAUACAAACUGGAUGCAUGGUGCAUAUAGUGAAGACACACCUGUGGACAUGUGUGCCAUUCUGCACACUGGCUCAGGAAAGUGGGAAAAAGUAAGCUGUGAAGAAGUGUCUGAAAAGGCAGUAGUCUGUGAAACUCCCAUGAAUCCACCAAAAGAGAAAGUUGCUGCCAAUAACCAAGCUUUAUUAUCUGCGAUUGUCAUCCUGAGUGUCGUCGUCAUUUUGGUUGGCUCAACUGUCUGUUGGUUCUUCUAUCAGAAGAAGUAUUCAAGUUCCACUGUCUUUACACCGUUCAAUUACUAUCCGCCAUUUUCAACUCCAAACAGUGAUGAAACCGUUCUAGUGGAUGCAGAGGAAAGAGAGUAAUGCAUUAUAAUUAAAACUCAGAACUAGUGGAAGUUCUUGUUUAUAUUCAGUGUUUGUCCCUAGGUUCAGGUAUAUAAAAGCAUGGUAAAUGUGUGUGUGUGUUUUUUUUUUUUUAAUAAAAAAUAAAUAAAUUACACACAUUUUUAUAUAUAUAUAUAUAUAUAUAUAUAUAUAUAUAUAUAUAUAUAUAUAUAUAUAACUUGACCAAAUUAUCAGUAGAAAUUUAUAUAUAUAUAUAUAUAUAAAACUUGACCAAACUAUCAGUAGAAAAUGUGUUGUUGCUGACAAAUAAAAUGGUCUUUUUACCUUAAGUGGGUAUUCUGUUAACAGUGUAAUUCUCCAUGAAUUCCCAUUUAAUUAUCACCCAGCACCACAAGUUUCUGAGGUUGGCUUCAGCCAUCCAACUAGGAUUGUUUUCCAACCAGUACCAGAUGUUCUGCUGGUUAGUGAUAUGUUUUUGUAAAGGUUUGCCAUAAAAACUACACAACAGCCUAGGUUGUCUCUUGCCAUUUUCAUUUGGCACUGAAAUCUCAACUCAAUAUGUGGCCUUAGUCAGACUGCAACAUUUUACAUCAGCAGAGAAGAAUCUGCUCUUGGGUGUUUACAGUGAAAGCCAUUGAUGUUGCUCUCCCUGCUCUCUGUGGUAACAGACUUCCAAAACUUCCAUUCUUGUAGAAGACAGUCCAUUUAUUUUUGGCAAAUAUCGGUAUAUUGUAGCAUCUACACCAAGCGUGUUAUAAACACAAUGUAUUACUUCUGUUAUUCAGACUUAUGAUUAAAUUACAAAGGGUCCUAAUAUUUUGGGGGCCCACUGUGCCAAACUAAUCUACUGUAUUUUGUAUACAACGAUAUUGGUGCUUUGCCAAUGUAAAACACCACUAAUUUUGAUAAAACUGUAACAUGGUGAUGGUCCGAGCUUACCCCCACCCACAAUCACAUUCUCAACCUCAGGAACACAGAGGUUUUGGGAACACAGAAAAUAGCAACUUGGUAGUGUUCACAGGCAUAAUUAUUUAUUGUGGCACUGGAUACUUCAUACAAAUGACAUUAUGAUGAACAGGUUGCACAUACAAUGACUGACAUUCACGCAGACAAAAUCAUGACUGACCAGAAAUGCUCAGGAAGACACAGCAUUAAAGAAGCCCCAGCCCCACCUACUCCUAACCGAAGCAAUUCAAUAAACAGUUACACCUGGACUGAUUUUAUAGGAAAAUAAACUAUUAUUUAACAUUAAUUGUAUUAAUACUUUUUGCAAUAAACAUACAUAUAUUUUACAUUAAA